AAAAAAAAAACAGGUGAAAAAUGGGAUGUGUUGCAUUUGAGGAGUGGAUGUACUCUGCAUCGAGAACUGGGAGGAUAUAUUAAGAGCCAUUUAACAGAUUAAGCUAUUGCUUUCGGAUUGUAAGGCCCAAAUGCCAUAGGAUGAGGGCUUUUGCUAAGCUGAUGCUUUACACGUUUGCCACAUAUCUGCUGGUCACGGUUGGCACAGACAGUGCCUCAGAGGACAGUGGCUGUUCGACUCUGGUGAAGGGAGUCAUCUAUGGCUCUUACUCCCUGAGCCAGCUGUUCCCGAGGAACUCUGUCAACUGCACCUGGACCUUGGAAAACCCCGACCCCACCAAGUACACCAUUUACUUGAAGUUCUCCAAGAAGGAGCAAGGCUGCCCGGACUUCUACCUGUGGGCUUAUCAAUUCGACCACUACUCGGGCGAGAAGAUCAGAGCGUUGUUGAGCAAAGGUGACUCUGUGGUCCGGCUUUGCGAGGCGAGAAGUGGGCUGGUGUUCCUCCACUUCCACAAGAACUUUGUCCAGUUGCGUCACUUGCCUCGCCCUGACCGCCCCUCUCUGAGGGACGGGAUUGGUGCCCGCCAAGCUUUGGAGCUCCUAGUCCUCAACAACGUCAGCCCCAGCCAAUUUGGGUGCCAGGUAUUGUGUGGCUGGUUGGAGACUUGCCUUAAGGCCUCCAAGCCAGACUCCUGUGGGAUCAUGUACACCAAAUGCAAUUGCCAGCAGAAUGUGUUGCCAGGGGUGGACGGGUUGGACAUGAUUCUACCUCUCAACCCGGAUACCGAGGGUUGUCUAUCUGCCCAGCUCCAUGCUGGACACACGUGUAACCUCACCGAGAGCAGGCGCACACCCAAGCAAGAGUUUGGAUUGAUGGCAGAGCAUACAGUAAAAAGCCAGCGACCUCGAUCAGUUCAUGAGAAAAAGGUCCCUCAGGAACAAGCUGAUGCUGGUAAAAUUAUGGCACAUACUGGAGACCCUGUUACAGAAGAAUGGGCCCAGUGGAGUGCGUGUUCAGUAACAUGUGGUCAAGGGUCGCAGGUGCGAACAAGAGCUUGUGUAUCAUCUUACGGAAUACUGUGCCACGUGCCUUUAAGAGAAUCAAGGGUUUGCAAUAACACUGUCCUCUGUCCAGUGCAUGGCGUCUGGGAAGAGUGGUCACCUUGGAGCUUAUGUUCCUUUACUUGUGGUAGAGGCCAAAGAACGCGGACGAGGAGCUGCGUCUCUCCUCAGCACGGUGGCAGGUCAUGCGACGGAGCCGAGACACAAACAAAAAUCUGCAACAUCGCCUUGUGUCCAGUUGACGGCCAGUGGAAGGAAUGGAGUCUGUGGACCGAGUGUUCAGUGACGUGCUCUAAUGGGACCCAGCAGAGGACCAGGCAGUGCACAGCGGCAGCCCACGGGGGUUCAGAGUGCCGGGGGCACUGGGCUGAGAGCAGGGAAUGCUUCAAUUUGGAGUGUACAGAGAACGGCAAGUGGAACCCAUGGGGCCACUGGAGCACGUGCUCAAGGUCGUGUGACGGGGGCUGGCAGAGGAGAGUGCGAGUGUGCCAGGGCCAAGCUCUGACUGGCAAAGCCUGCGAAGGCUUAGGCGAAGAGGUGCACAAGUGCAGUGAAAGGAGAUGCCCAGCACCCUAUGAGAUCUGCCCAGAGGAUUAUCUUCUGUCUAUGGUGUGGAGGAGAACUGCCGCUGGAGAUUUUGCUUCCAACCGGUGUCCGCCGAAUGCUACAGGAACCACCAGCAGACGCUGCUCACUCGACUACAAUGGCGUCGCUCACUGGGAUCCGCCCAGCUUUGCCAGAUGCAUAUCGAACGAAUACAGAUACUUACAGCAUUCAGUCAAAGAGCACCUCGCAAAGGGACAAAGGAUGCUGGCAGGGGAAGGAAUGUCUCAAGUCACCAAAACCCUCCUGGAUUUGACCCAGAGGAGGAAUUUCUAUGGUGGAGAUCUUUUGGCUUCAGUUGAAAUCCUUCGAAAUGUCACCGAUACUUUCAAAAGGGCAAUUUAUGUCCCGUCAUCUGAUGACGUGCAGAACUUUUUCCAAAUCAUCAGCAACCUUCUCGAGGAGGAAAACAGAGGCAAGUGGAAUGACGCACAACAGAUUUAUCCUGGUUCGGUGGAGCUGAUGGAAGUGAUUGAGGAUUUCAUCCACGUUGUGGGCAUGGGCAUGAUGGACUUUCACAACUCGUACCUAAUGACAGGAAAUCUAGUGGCGUGCAUUCAGAAGCUCCCUGCGGCAUCUGUGCUGAGCGACAUCAAUUUCCCGAUGAAAGGAAGGAAAGGAAUGGUGGACUGGGCAAGGAACUCUGAGGACAAAAUCAUUAUUCCAAGGAACAUAUUCACACCUGCUUCACCAGAAAUGGACGAUUCUGUUGUUUUUGUACUUGGCACGAUAUUCUACAAAAACCUGGGUCUUAUUUUGCCCUCCCCGAGAAAUUAUACCGUUGUAAACUCCAAAGUAAUCGCCAUUACAGUGAGACCGGAACCAAAGCUUGCCGACUCUGUUCUGGAGAUAGAGCUUGCGCACUUGAGCAACGGAACCUUCAACCCUUACUGUGCUCUGUGGGACAACACCAAAACGAACGACUCUGUUGGAGCCUGGACCACACUGGGAUGUAAAACUGUGCUCACCGAUGCAUCCCAUACAAGAUGUUUGUGUGAUCGCCUAUCUACAUUCGCCAUCUUGGCUCAGGAACCCAGAGAAAUAGAACUGCAGAAAACUGUGAAAAUGGGCUUAAGGCUGAAAGUUCCAAAAGAGAGAACUGUAGUUUGA